AUGACCACCCGCCUCCGUCCCCGCACGCAGCUCGAGGAAGAGGAUGCGACGACGUUGAAGCUGGGCCCAGAGUUCGCCCAGGCGGGUUGUUUGCUCAUCUCAGAGGUCAAGUAUCUGCUGGAAAACCGAGAGAAGACUGCGCCGGACAAUGCUGUGUACGCAAAGACGUUGGACUAUGUCAAGACCUUCGCGAAAUGGCAUACGACGGACUCGGCGAGCGCGGUUCGAGAGAUCCUGCGACGCGAGCCCCAGUUGACACAGUUCGAGACGGCACAGCUCGCGAACCUUUGCCCCGCGGAGGCGGAGGAGGCGAAGAGUAUCAUUCCUAGUCUGGAAGACAAGGUUGACGAUGAUCGGCUGCAAGCCCUCCUGAACGAGAUCCAGACGAUGCGCAAGUUCCAGACAUGA